AUUAAAUGCCGCUAAACAUCGCUCAACAGAGCGCUGUUGCAUGUUUUUUGCGAAAUGGAAGGUGUUGAAGGAGGAUAAGUUAUUAGCCGUAUAGAAUACCAUUUUAAAUACAUAGUAUUCAGAUGAUUUCUGUGGAUAAUGUAGUUCAGACGAAUGGAGAGGGUGGGCAGGUGACUGGGAUGGAGUUUCCGGAGAUUCCCCAAGUGCAGGAUAGUGAAGAGUGGACUUACACUAUGCGUCGCACAAUGCAGGAGAUUGUACCGGGAUUGUUUCUUGGACCGUAUUCAGCAGCAAUGAAAUCAAAAUUGGACCAUCUAAUGCAUCAUGGGAUCACACACAUUGUUUGUGUCAGACAGGAUAUAGAAGCACACUUCAUUAGGCCAAACUUUCCAGAGAGAUUCGAGUAUUUGGUCCUAGAUAUAGCAGACAAUGUUACGGAGAAUAUUAUUCAGCAUUUCCCAAAAGUUCGUCAGUUUGUUGAUGAAAGCUUAUCAAAUGGUGGGAAGACUCUUAUCCAUGGGAAUGCAGGAAUUUCUCGAAGUGCAGCCCUAGUUUUAGCAUACAUUAUGGAGAAGUAUGGAUUAUCAUGCAAGGAUGCUUUCUCCAUGGUUCAGCAGCGUAGAUUUUGCAUAAAUCCAAAUGAGGGAUUCAUGGCACAACUGACAGAGUUUGAACCUAUUUACAAAGCGCAGCGGACAUUGCAGAAUGGGCAGUGCUCAACAGAGAAGGGACGGAACAAGCGGCGUAUCGACCAGGUGGAUGACCAGGUGUCAAAUCUGGCAGACAUUCUCCUGUCAAAGGCAAUGGACCUGACUGGCAGUUGAUAUGCCACAUCAUGAUACAUAUUCAGUUGACCAAUCCUUCCAGUGAUUCAAGUUUUUUGUAUCCAAAUCUGGGACAUUUUUAUUUAUCAGUACUAGUGACAAUGGCUGCAGGAAACAUGUUCACACUAACUGCCCAGAGGUGCACCUUCAUAAAAAUUGUGCAGAUGUUUUAGUAGAUACUGUAGUACUGCUUCUUUGUAUUUACUGGAUACGUUGUGGGUACUUAAGAAUGAAAGAAGACAUGGAAAAGGGAUUUUUAAACUUCAGAAAUAUCUCUGUAGAUUUCAUUCUUUGCCAAGAGAAUGAAUGUUAUGAUGUGAGACUUGGAGCCUGUCAGAUCAGCAGGUAAGACCAGUUGUUAAGCAGGGGCAUAUAGUAAAUGCAGUCGUGUUUGUUACGCGGCUAAUAUAGGCUUGGAUAUGAGAAUAACAAGCCGACUGACUUAUUCGCCCGGUGACGUUUGUGAUCUCUAUUAUAUGCAACUGAAUAAAGUGACCAGGAAAAGUCCAUGAAUUUUAAGAAGUUUUAAAUUUUUGUGUUCAGUAUUUUAGUGCCAAAUUGUUAGAAUCUGAUGGUAACAUUGUUAUUGUGAAGACUGUCCUGAAUUUCAAUUUAUAUCUUUUUGAAUGUCACUCAGAGUGAAAUAUCAUUGGAUGCUUCAAGCAUGUAAGUGGUCAUAUUUAACUGCCACAUGUACUGGCUCUACAUGGUAUGACCAUAAAUUACAAUGGAUAGAGAAUAUUGGGAUCAAACUAGAGCCACGGUUUGGAUUGUGAUUUGCACUGUUACAAGUCUAAAGGCUCAACUGAUGUUCAUACAGCCAUAAUGGCCAAACUUCUGAAGCUGUUGAAGAAAUUAAGCUUUAUAAAUGUAUCUCCUACAAAUACCUACAUGACAAGUUAGUGUGUAUGGUUAUGAUUCUUCAGUAAGGACUGAAAAACGACGUGAAGUCUCUUCUUUAAGAUAAAGACUGUAGCUCUUACAAUCAUGUAACAUGGAGAACUGUCAAGUUCUGAGAAGUCUGAUUGUUUUUUUUUUACUUAAAAUCUGCUGUAUCCAGCAUUGGAUUUUAUAAAAAAAAAAUAAAGUUGAUAUUUUCUAAA